AUGGUGCCUUUUCCAUCUCUGCUCGAUGGAUUGGCUAGAACAGUGUCAAUCAAGAAAGGCAGAAACUCUCAAAAAGAUGCUGGAAAGGAAGCUGCAGAAGCAUUGGCAAAGGAUGCAAGGAAGAACGAAUUGAUGUUGAGUUCCACUGGCAUAGUUAAGUCUAAUAAGUCAAAUAAUUUUGCCUCAGUCUGCUCCAAGAGAGGGCAGAAAGGAAUUAAUCAGGAUUCCUUAGUUGUGUGGGAGGAAUUUGGAUGUCAAGAAGAUAUGAUUUUUUGCGGCAUUUUUGAUGGGCAUGGACCAUGGGGCCAUUUUGUUUCUAAAAGGGUUAGAGAAUCUGUACCCUGUUCUUUACUAUGCAAUUGGCAAGGAGCUCUUUCAUUGACAUCGCUUGGCAUGGACUUCGAAAUGGAUUUAGAUAGAAACCUUUACCAGUUUGAUAUUUGGAAGCAGUCCUACUUAAAAACUUAUGCUGCCAUUGAUCAGGAACUUAAGCAGCAUCGCGAGAUUGAUUCCUUUUGUAGUGGUACUACAGCUUUAACAAUCAUUAAACAGGGUGAGCAUCUAGUUAUAGCAAAUGUUGGUGAUUCUAGGGCUGUCUUGGCAACUACCUCUGAUGAUGGCUGCUUGGUACCAGUACCACUUCAGCUUACCAUCGAUUUUAAGCCUAAUUUACCGGAGGAGGCUGAACGGAUAUCACAGUCCAAUGGUAGAGUGUUUUGUUUACAUGACGAACCCGGGGUACAUAGGGUCUGGAUGCCAAACGGUAAAACUCCAGGACUAGCAUUAUCAAGAGCCUUUGGCGACCACUGUGUAAAAGAUUUUGGGCUAAUUUCUGAACCUGAUGUGACGCAAAGAAAGAUCACAAGCAGAGACCAGUUUGUCAUCUUAGCAACUGAUGGGGUAUGGGACGUAAUCUCGAACCAGGAAGCAGUGCAGAUUGUUUCUUCAACACCUGAUAGGGAAAAAUCAGCUAAAAGACUGGUGGAAUGCGCAGGUCGUGCUUGGAAGUACAAGAAAAGAGGCAUUGCUAUGGAUGAUAUCUCAGCCAUAUGUCUCUUCUUUCACCCAUCACCGUCUCAAAAAGUUGACCCUUCUGAUGAUCUCAAAACAAGCUUAUGA